AUGAAGGAAAAGAAAGACAGUUUGUUGGGAAUGGAAAGGACAAACUAUACAAGCAUGAACAGUAGCAGUGGAACAACAACAGGGAUAAGAUCACCACAAAUUGAGGUUCGUGAAAUGGGUUCCACUUUAGAGGUUGUUUUGAUAACUGGUUUGGAUAGUCAGUUCAUUUUCAAUGAGACCAUCCGUGUGCUUCAUGAAGAAGGAGCUGAGAUUAUUAAUGCCAGUUUUUCUGUCGUGGAAGAUACUGUAUUCCAUACAAUACAUUCUCAGGUUGGAGAUUCUGCCCACUGUAAUGAAGCCGCAAGGAUAUCCCAGAGGCUAAAGAAGUUUGUCCAAGACAUUGAUAAUGCGUUUUAA